CAUGUCUUCUUAUAAAUGAACCAAAUUACACCCUAAAAAUCCAAAUCAAAAUCAAGCAAACAUGAGCAAAUCAAUCUUUGUUUUUUGUAUCACUUUAUUGGUUGUUCUAUCCCCAACUCUAAAUGCUAAAAUGGUGAGUUACCCGAAUGGCGAUAGACACUGUGUAAUGGCGCAAGGCCAAGUGAUAAGUGCAUGCUUGCAACAAGCCACCGUUAAUGGACUACUACAUGCAGAUUGUUGCUAUGCUAUAAACGAUGUAAACAGACAAGCAGAGACAACCUACGGUCGUAUAGCGCUUUGCAAAUGUUUCCAGGAAAUUUUAAAAGAUUCUCGAUUUACAAAACUUAUUGGUAUGCCGGAAAAAUGUGUCAUUCCUAAUGCUGUGCCUUUUGACCCCAAAAUUGAUUGUGACAGUAUUAAGCUUUGAGGCAAAGAUGAAGUCACAAUGAACAAAGAAUAUUAGUUAUGGCGAAUGUACUUCAAUAUUUUUUUUUUGGUAACCUUAAUGUACUCUAAUCGUAUUCCCGAACAAAUAAGCAUAUAGUUUUAAUGCA